GAGGACUAAAAUUGGAAAUUUUCCCUGAAAACGUGAAUUUUUCUCGUGAAAAGGGAAUUUUUUUAAGGAAUGUCGAUUAAUUUUGAUUCAAUUUUGAUUAAUUUUGAAUCCAUUUUGAGUCAUCAAUGGCCGCUUUGACGUCAGAGCAAUCGGUAAUUGACCCCAUUCACAAUACACAGCCUAGAAGCCUGGUGCAGGAGCCCCCUUUAUCACGAUGAUUUUAUGUACAUUAAGUUCUUAAAUUAUUCAAGAAUGUUAUAGAUUUUUACAAAAUAUUCUUAGAAGAAAAAGGUAGCUACUUCGUAAUAUAACUACGCCUGAGGACUUUGUGGAAAGGGAUUUAAUUUUAAAUGUAAUAUGUUUAAACCAUGAUAUUUUCGUUGUAUUAUUUUUUAAUCAAGCAUUUGUUAUAAUUUCACCAAUUUUAAAUCCUAAGCUGAAUGUUUGGAUCACCUCAUGUUGGUCUGCAUUUCAUUUCAUAAUGUAGGGCAAUUUGAAAGAAUAUGUUUGCUGGAUAUUAUGAUAUUGGACAUAAUUUAUUAAAGUUUGUAAAAACAUUAAAACGAAUCAUAAGUCCUCAGAACAUAGUGGAAUAUAAAAGUAAUAUUGGAAUUGUAAUUUGCAGUCUUUGAGAAAGUAUUAAAGCUUGUGGCAACUACUUGAACUAGUCCUCAACAUAAUGUUACAGGAAAAAUUAUUUCACUGCAAAUUUCCAUGUAUACUAUUAGCUUUUUGAAGACAUGCAGGUCUGUAAUCUUUUUAAUGUUUUAAAUAAUACAUAAUUUUUUCUCCUCAGGGUAUGUCCAGAGAUUUCACAGCUGAUUAUACUUAUAUACGUUUCUACGACACACCUCGUAACAAUGUGAAAUCAGAAAGUCAUAUGUUGGCAGAAGCCAUUCUGUACGUAAUAAAUAUUUAUAUAUUUUUUUUUCAGGAAUUUUGCAGAGAUAGAAUACUUGUUCAUGUUUGAGCUUUAAAAAAUUCUUAAUUUUUUUGUGUGACUUGUAAGGAAUUGUAUGUACUUCUGUAUGUGAGAUCUCUGACUACGAUGUUGUACUACAUUACCUACUCCAAAAGGUAUGAAUUGGAUAAUUGAAAAAGAACAAAAAGCUUUAGUGUUUAAAACACAGUCUUGUUUAAAGGGAUUUCUCAGAAUAAUUAUUGCUUUUGUCACCCAUGCUCUUGCUGUGGUUCCAAGCUUCUGGUAGGUUUUACAGCGGCACAGAACGCCUGGCCGCAGGUUGGCACGCAACCCGCGUUGCAGUGAUCUCAACACGGUUGACGUCCAGGCAGGCGGGGAAUAUCGAUAAUUGGCCGGACACACUGGGUCUCAGGAGCUUGUAAUAGGUGGGGGCCUAUUAGGGAUUGAAGGAAGACCAGAGCCUGGCUAGGACUGUGGAUUACGUGAAUGGAGCAGUUGGGUAAUCAAGGUUAAAGGUUUCAGGUACACAGACAUUUUAUUAAAAUUCAAUAUUAAUUCAUAAUCAAUAUUACGUUAAUAUUCAGAUACAGUUACGUUUAACGCAAGAACAAAUUCAAUAUUAAUACAUAAUAAAUAUUACGUUAACAUUUCUGACAAAACGAGUUAGUUGACAAUUAUAAUUUGUCUGGGUAAACCGGCUACACAGUGAACGAUCCAAUAAACGAUCGUCAAAAAGGGACAUAAUUUCCUUGUCUGAAGUUAUAUUACAAAAAAGUUACAUUUACAAAACUACUGCAAAGUGCAGGUACACGAAAGAAAGAAGUUACAUUAUUCUUUGAAAAGCAUUACCAAACAAAUACGUGCGACGACGUCUCAGGGGGAGACAGGUAGAAACAGAAAAACGGAAGCGAAGGUUAAGUUAAAUUUAAAUUUAAAGCAGAAAUCCAAACACUUUUUGAUGGUGGCGGCCGAAAAGGAAUUUAGACAGAACAAAUUUAAACAAUACUGAUUCUACAUUAGGGUGAGGGCCACCGCCUCACUGACGACUCGAUUCAACUUACAUUUCUCCCCUGAGGUCGCACACGCACGAAGACUAAAGCUACGUUUUCCAAGGACCACGCAUGCGCGAUGCGCGAUGCGUCAUGCGUGAUGCGUGAUCGCCGCAUGCGUGAUCACUGACCUGGGUCUGUUUUGUUAGAACGCGGGAAACAAGUCUGCGCGAUGGAAGCAGCGAUCUCUGCCGUCUUGUUGGAGGAAGAUGCUGAUGAUGAUUUAUUGCUCUCCUGCUUCCUAGAAGAUGACAGCGAUAUAUUUAGAAGGAGAGAAGACGAGGGAUGUUAUAGUGUGUUGAUAUUACGUCACUUAAUUGAUAACGAAACUAAAUUUAGAGAAUAUUUCAGAGUGUCGACUGAGAUAUUUGAUACAAUAUUAGGCUUUGUUAAAGAAGACAUCACGAGAUCGCAGUGCAACAGAGUCAAAAGGCCAAUAUCUGCUGAACAGAAGUUAUGUCUUACUCUCAGGUUUAUGGCCACGGGAGAGAGUUUUCGUUCACUGGCGUUUCAAUUCAGAAUAUGCCCUAGCUGGGUAAGUAUUAUUAUAAAAGAGACAUUGCAAUCUAUUUGUUCAAAAAUGUUGAAUUCUUCAAUACCAUCACCUGACCAAGAUGUUUUAAAACGUUCUUCCAUUGGUUUUCAUCGCAAAUGGAACUAUCCCAACUGCUGUGGGUCGAUAGAUGGAAAACAUAUCCGAAUAAUCAAACCUGAACAUUCUGGAUCUCUGUUUUAUAAUUACAAAGACUAUUUCUCAGUUGUGUUACUUGCGCUUGUAGACGACAACUACAAGUUUUUAGCAAUAGAUGUUGGUUCCUAUGGAAAAGAAGGUGAUGCAGGCAUAUUUGCUAAAUCUGUCUUAGGACAAAGACUUUCAGAAGGAACAUUCAGAUUUCCUGAACCAGCUAUACUUCCUGGAACUGACACUCUAAUGCCACACGUUAUUUUGGGUGAUGAAGCUUUUCAGCUGACUUCCUCAGUAAUGCGUCCUUACCCAAGGGCACAAUCUAAAUGUGAUGAAGAAAAAGCAAUAUAUAAUUAUCGCCAUUGUAGAGCUAGACGUACGUGUGAAAACGCUUUUGGAAUACUUUGCCAAUAUUUUAGAGUAUUUUUCACUGCCAUCGCCAUCAAGCCUGACACAGUGGAUCUUCUGGUCAUCGCAUCAUGCAUAAUACAUAAUCAUCUAAGAUCUGCAAGAAUUCCAUGCCCGGGUGAAGAAGAGGACCGAAAUGUGUGUCUCCCUACUGAAAAUAUGAUACCCAUGGCAAGACAAGGACGUAAUUCUACUCAUCUUGCGUAUAGCAUACGAGACAAAUUUAAAAAUUACUUUUGCAGCCAAGAAGGACAAGUAAGCUGGCAAUUAUAUCAUGUGAGGAAAACAAGUUAAAAAGUAUUUUUCACGUGAAGAAAGGGUAAAUGCAAAUGUUAUUCUUUUCUUUAAAAAAAAAUAUAUUCUCUUUGUGCUAUAGUAAUGCUGUGUAUUUUUGUAUUUGAGUGUAAAAUUUGUAAAUAUAAUAUGUCAAAAUAGAUAAUUUAUUAGCAAAUGUGCCAUUAUCCUUAGUAUUGACAUAAAAUUAAGUAACUAUAAAUAGGAAAACAUAUGAUUAUAAACUUCAAAAAACAUAAUUUUUGUUGUGCAUUUAGAAGAAUAAGACAUAAUAUUAUCAAACUUAAAAAAAGAUAGAAAACAAUUUAUUGUGAUAACUUGCCCUAGGCUCACCUACUACUUCAAAAUGGAACAUAUUUUAUUUCCACAUUUCCUGGUGCACACCGACGUAAAUUAUUUUUGGUUUAGUUUAAACACUGCAUAAAAUAUUUUUUAAACUUGGCCUAUUUUUAAAUAAGUAACAACUAUAUAGAACCGUAAGAUGUUUUUUUAAUGCAGUAAGAACAUUUUUUAAGACCACGUUUUAUGAGCCAUAGUAUUUAUUUUAUUAUUAACACAGAUAUUAAACUCUCUACUUACCACCUUUGUUUAAAGAAGCUGCAAUUUCCUUCCACACAUUUUCUCGAACAAUACUGUCUUUGUACUUGCAGUGAUGCAAAUCAUAUAACACACGAUGCUCCCUUACUAAAUCAAUCAAUUUCUCGUCCUGUUCUGCAGUAAAACUCUUUGACUCCAGAUAAAUCGCAUGCGUGAUCACGCUGAAGUCGGGGGCCAGGCAACUGCUGCGCGAUGCCCAUCCGCGACACGCAGCCGCGGCGAGCGGGAAACCCCCGCUUGCGCGGCCUUGGAAAUCAUCCCCGUUUCAACACACAGGUUCAAGUGCUGCGUGGUCACGCAGUGACGCAUCACGCAUCGCGCAUCGCGCAUGCGUGGUCCUUGGAAAACG